UCAAAUUUCAGACACUGCAAGAAUAUCAUCUACAAAGGAUUACAUUUUUUUUUUCCAUCUUACUAAAGCUUCUGGAAGCCCAAAGAAAUACCAUUCUAUAUAAAACCUGUGAGCUGGCUUUACUUCUAACCUAAGAUGUCUUCAGUAACUAUGCCAGAUCGAUUUGCAUUUCUUCAUGUCUUAGGCAUUCUGUCUCUGACGCCCAUCAGCUUUGGAGCUGAUUUAGGUGUUGCGGUGCCCAUAGGAUGCGGCACGCGCGCGGCGGACUUGGCGGAUUCGCCGGACUCACGCGCGCUGCUGCUGUGUCCCGCAAACUGCACGCUGUGGAAACUGUCCGUGUUCGGCUCCGGGCUUUACGCCUCCAUCUCCAGCAUCUGCGGUGCCGCGUUGCACAGUGGGAUUAUAGGUGCGUCGGGAGGAGCUGUGGAGAUUCAGAAACUGGGGGGCAGGAGUCACUAUCUCAGCUCUUACUCACACGGCAUCCAGACUCAGUCUUUGUCCAGCUGGAGUGCAUCAUUCACUGUAGCCAGAGCAAUCAGCUUGCCUUUGGAAGUGUCUAGUCAAACCAUCACUGCUGAAAUCCCAGCAUCUGGAGCAGCAAAGAAAGCUGUCAAGAAAAACCAGAAGAAACCUCAAGUAGCAGAAAACAGAGAUUGUCUUGUGGAUAUAGCUCUGAUUCUGGACAGCAGCUAUAAUAUAGGACAUCGGCGCUUCAACCUACAGAAGAAUUUCAUUGGUAGACUAGCAGCAAUGCUGAAGGUUGGGCCAGAUGGACCACAUGUGGGAGUGGUGCAAGCCAGUGAGACGCCUCGGAUUGAAUUCUACCUGGGCAACUAUAGCAUGCCCAAAGAUGUGAUUUUUGCCCUCAAAGAGGUAGUUUACGGUGGGGGCAACACCAAUACAGGCAAGGCCAUACUCCAUACAGUAAGGAACUUUUUCAAUCCUGAUUUUGGAAUGCGAAGAGGUCAUCCACGGAUUAUUGUGGCAUUUGUUGAUGGAUGGCCUUCUGACAACUUGGAUGAUGCAGCAGUAAUGGCUAGAGAAUCUGGAAUGAACUUGUUUAUAGUGAAUGUGGCCAAACCUAUCCCAGAGGAGAUGGGAAUGGUGAGGGAUCAAGACUUCAUGAAAAAGGCAGGCUGCAAAGACAAUGGUUUCUUCACAAUGACCAUUCCAAGUUGGUUCAGCACAAGUAAAUUUGUGAAGCCUCUGGCUCAGAAGCUCUGCUCUAUUGACCAGUUGCUCUGCAGCAAGACAUGCUAUAACUCAGUCAAUCUGGGCUUCCUGAUUGACGGAUCCAGCAGUGUGGGAGAUGCAAACUUCAAACUAGUGCUAAGCCUCCUAAGCGCCAUUGCUCGCAACUUUGACAUUUCUGACGUUGGCUCACGCAUUGGGGCUGUGCAGUUCACAUAUGACCAGAGAUUGGAGUUUGGCUUCAGUGAUUAUACAAAAAAGGAUGAAGCCUUGAGAGCCCUCCAGAACAUCCCAUACCUAAGCGGUGGUACAGCCACUGGAGAUGCCAUCACCUAUGCUAUGGAGAAUCUCUUCCAGUCCAAAACCAUGGGUAUGGGCAAGAAGUUUCUUAUCAUUGUUACUGAUGGCCAGUCCUAUGAUGAUGUUAGAGGGCCAGCCAUAGCUGCUCAAAAGCAAGGGAUCACAGUGUUCACUGUGGGUGUAGCUUGGGCUCCAAUGGAGGACCUGAGAGCCAUGGCAUCAGAACCCAAAGAGACACACACCUUCUUUACCCGCGAGUUCAGUGGCCUUGAGCAGUUUGAGCAGCCCAUUGUACGGGCAAUCUGCAGGGACUUCACAGAGUUCAAUUAGAAAGUUAUGGAUUUGGGUGGGUAGGAAGUAGAAAAAAAAAAGAAAGCAAUAAAGAGAAAACUAGUUGAAAAAAAAAACCCAAUGUUUUGGUUUAGCUUUUGGUUUAGUCAUUUCUUCACCUAUUAGAACAAAAAUACAGGGUGUCCCAAAAGUCUCUAUCCAAAGAGGAAAUUAACACUUUUUUUUUAAAGCCAAAUGUAACUUUAUUAACAAAACAUCCUCUACAUGAUUGAUUGCGAUUUCUUUGUAAACACACAUGGAGUCGUCUCUCUCACUCAUGAUGAGCUCGUGUUAACACAAUCUGGUGUUAUGCAUGUAAUUGCAUGUCCAUUGCAACCUUGUGACAGCUUCCUGAUCCAGCCAUGAGAAUCCUUUUGUCAAAGGCAUUCUUAAAGGAUAUCCGAAAAAAUAAAUAAACUGAGUAUCAAAAAUUUUGCAAGACAUUUUCCUAAAAAAAAAAGUGUUAAUUUCCCCUAUACAUGGGGACUUUUGGGACACCCUGUAGUUUUUUUUUUUCUUUUCAAACUAGGUUUAUUCUCUCUGUGCAGAGAUUGCCCAUUUAUUAUAUUGUUUUGUCAUGAGAGGAGUCUGCAAGGUUUUUGCUUUAGUAGUGCGAUUGAACCAAAGGAUUCUAUGACUUAUUCUGAGACUGUGUAACUCUAUAUUAAACUCAUACCUAACAAUGGCAGAUGUUAUUAUUAGAGACGCAUCCUGGCAUUCUGGUUUCUGGUAUUCUAGAAGAAAGAAAGGACGAAAAAAAGGAUUUGAUGUGUCUGUCACUGGCUGCUCAAGAGAGAUUUAACGUCCAUGCCGAUGAUUUAAAAAAAAAAAACAAAAAAAAAAAACAGCAGGUUUGACAAGGCUGCCCUCUUGUGCAUGUCAUUAGUACUACAGAAAGACUGAAAGAAGUCCCACAGGUUGAAGGCCAAUCCAUAGCAUCGUCCGGGUUAUAUCACACCAUGCACUUACACAAGCACUGUAAUGCACACAGCUUUUUGCUCUACAUCUUCUCGUCAUAUAUUAUGGUCACAUUUUAUAUUCAUAUUUCUCAUUCUACACGUGUUCACAAUUGAGAUGUUGAGAAUUACAUUUGAAUUAUACAUACUAACAUUGUUCUGACCACACAAUUGUUUCCUAAAUUAUGCUUAAUGCUCAAUUAUGCUCUUACCAUGUCUUUCUUAUAUAUACAUAAUUAUGCAUGCUUAAGUGCCUUGCGAACUGAGAAGCAACAGCAGAGUGAUUGUACAUUUCUGUUUAAUUUAUUACUUUCUUCUCAAUAAAGGACAAGGUAUUUUUACAA